GUCUUUGUGUCAUUGAGACUUGAACAUUUUUGCUUUUCAAUUAAAACUGUUUUGCCAAUAUUUGUCUUUAAAAUGAUAUAAUUUUUGCACUCAUAAUGAAACUCGUUCACAAAAACAUUGAGAAAGAUGACUCCGGGAGUAUUGGGCUCAUACCGGAGGAACCCGAGGACAUGUGGCAUGCGUAUAAUCUAAUCACAGAAGGCGAUGCUGUAACUGCAUCAACUGUUCGGAAAGUUCAAACAGAAUCUUCGACCGGGUCUUCCACUAGCAGUAGAGUUAGGACUACGCUCACCAUUACUGUAGAAAACAUUGACUUUGAUACCCAAGCAUGUGUGUUAAGGUUGAAAGGUCGUAACAUUGUGGAAAAUCAAUAUGUUAAGAUGGGUGCAUAUCACACAUUGGAUUUAGAACUGAAUCGAAAGUUUAUUCUGCAGAAGGUAUUGUGGGAUUCGGUAGCAUUAGAACGCGUGGAAACUGCUUGUGAUCCAGCAAGUAAUGCUGAUGUUGCAGCAGUUGUCAUGCAGGAAGGACUGGCACAUGUCUGUCUUAUUACACCCUCAAUGACACUUGUGAGGAUUAAAAUUGACAUCACAAUACCUAAAAAACGGAAAGGAUUUGUACAACAGCAUGAAAAGGGCUUAAACAAGUUUUAUGAAGCGGUAAUGCAAGGAAUUCUCAGGCAUAUAGAUUUUAACAUUGUCAAGUGUGUAAUCAUUGCUUCACCUGGUUUUGUGAAGGAUCAGUUCUUUGAGUAUAUGAUGCAGCAGGCAAUCAAAACAGAUAAUAAGCUACUUAUAGAUAACAGAAGUAAAUUUUUACUGGUCAAAGCUUCAUCUGGAUUCAAACAUUCUUUAAAAGAAGUUUUACAAGAACCUGCAGUAAUGGCAAAAAUAUCAGAUACGAAGGCUGCAAGUGAAGUAAAAUUACUGGAAAGUUUUUACACAAUGUUGCAGUUAGAGCCCUCAAAAGCGUUCUAUGGAAAAAAACAUGUAAUGAGGGCUAAUGAGGCCCUUGCAAUUGAAACACUCAUGAUCUCAGAUAAAUUGUUCAGGUGUCAAGAUACAUUGAAGCGGAAAGAGUAUGUUGCUCUUGUAGAUUCUGUCCGAGAAAAUGGUGGAGAUGUUAGAAUAUUCUCUAGUAUGCAUGUGUCUGGGGAACAGCUAGAUCAAUUGACGGGUAUAGCUGCAGUCCUGCGAUUUCCUAUGCCGGAACUUGAAGACAGUGAUGCUGAAGAAGACAGCGAAAAUGAUUCUGAUUAGCUUAUCAUUAUAAAAUGAAUUCCUUAAUUGACAUUUCACCGUUAUACUUGUUUAGGAUAGUAAAUUUUAACGUAAUCUGUAUUUAAAUUGCACAAGAAGCCAAUGGAUCACUGCAGUUUCUAAUGAAGAAAUUGUACACUUGUUUUAAUGAGUAGGUUUUUUAUUAACCUGUUUUGUAUGAAACCUAACAAUUACUUGUUAUUUUAUAGUUAAUUAUUUUAAGUGUUAAUUUCAUAAGUAUCAUUU